CAACGGGCACAUGAACACGCCCCAAUCUGUCGGUUUCCAGAGCCCGGCAGGAAACUCUUGAGAGAGAUCCGACGGCAGAACCGCUUCUGUCGCCGGCUGGCCAUCUGCUCACCAAGCUGGGGCUGCCUGCUGCCAAUCUUCCACGUGCCGUUGGAGCAUGGCCUUCGCAAGGGCGAUCAUUGGCCAUUUUGGGCUCUGGAGAACAAUGUGGAGGGAAUCUUCUUUUUUGGCUCGCGGCCUUUCGUAUGUACACAAUCACCUGUAUGGCGUCUGCGCGAACGGUCCCGCCUGGACACGAUCUCGGUCAGGAUCCAUGGAUACCCGGCAUUGGUUGCACUCCCGCGAAUAGUCAGAUACGAAACAGUUUUAAAGAGAGCUGAAUUCCUGCCACCUGAGUCUAUCCUCGUCUUCAUAUUUCAAAAGAGGCAUCCCGUCUCCUUGACUCGCGAGCAGGUCGGCUCUGCUGCUGUCGUCGUAACCAUGAAGCUUUCGUUGGUUGCGGGUAUUGCCCUUUUCUCCGCAUCCGGCCUAACUCAGACAUUCCAACGUCUGGGUGGCUGUCCUGGCCUGGGUUGCAUCUUCCCACCGGACCAGGCCGAAUUCCUCCCCGGGCAGUAUUUCGAUAUUCGACUGGAGGUCCACUCCCCUGUCAACGGCUCCGAGGCGCGUGCUGGGGAACCUGACCCGAACUUCACCUUCACCGUCGCCCGCAAACGUCGCGGAAGCAAACCCAAAAAGGCUACAGAUUUUUUCAAGGUCAAGGAACCAGAGCUAGAGACCUGGAACUUCUCCUGGUACGAAGAUCUUUUCGCCAAAGAUGCAAAGAAGCCCUCGCUAGUUCGCGUUGCCUCGAAAGUGUAUCGUAGAGUUGCCUUGUACCAACCUGGAGAAUACGAAGCUACUUUAACCUACUACAAUGGCAUGAAGACCACUGCUACUUGGACAGUGAAAGAUCUGUCCAUAUUCAGGAGGGCCAAGAAUGUGGUCCUGUUCAUUGGCGAUGGAAUGACCACGAACAUGAUCACCGCUGCACGCCUGAUUGCCCACCGCUCCGUGAAUGGAAAGUAUCAGACAACAAUGCAGAUGGAUAAAUUCCCAGUGCUGGGCCACCAGAUGACUCACUCCAUGGACUCCUUCAUCACGGACUCCGCCAAUUCUGCCACAGCUCUGUACACCGGCCAUAAGACCACGGUGAAUGCGCUGGGUGUCUAUGUUGAUUCGUCGAAAGAUCCGUUUGAUGAUCCAAAGGUCGAGACUAUUGCGGAAAUCUUCCAUAGAAUAUAUCCUGACGCUGGUGUCGGUAUCGUGUCCACUGCACAUUUAUCCGAUGCUACACCUGCGGCACUGGCUGCUCAUACUCGCGAUCGAGGCCAAUACGAACAUGUGAUUGACUCUUACUACCAAGGGUUAACCAAUUACUCUUGGACAGAAUGGGAUGGGCCUGAUGUUCUCUUUGGUGGUGGUGCCGAAAAUUUCCUGUCUGGAAAGAGUUCAUACAAAGGCCAGGAUUACUACAAGCUCUUUAAAGAGCGUGGAUACAGCGUCAGCUGGAACGCUACUUCCCUUGCCCAAGCUCCUAACAACACUAAGGCUCUAGGUGUGUUCUCGGUUGGUGUCAUGGCGAAAUGGCUCGAUCGGAAUGUGUACAGGAACAAUCUGCUCAAUCAACAUAAUCAUCCUGAUGGCUCUGACAAGGAUGCCACUGACCAGCCCGGAUUGAAGGAAAUGACUCUUAAGGCAAUCGAUAUCCUGCAUAACCGCUCACGCAAAGGCAAGAAGGGCUGGUUCCUCAUGUCCGAAGCCGCCAGUAUUGAUAAACAGAUGCAUGCUCUGGACUACGAUCGCGCCCUUGGAGAACUCCUCGAACUCGACGACACCAUCAAGGCGACUGUCAAUAAACUCCGUGCCCUCGGCGAACUUGACGACACUCUUAUCAUCGUCACUGCUGACCAUGGGCAUGGCUUUGAUGUCAUGGGUUCUGUUGACACCAAAUACCUGAAUGAGAAGGAAACCGAUCGCGAGAAACGCAACGCCGUUGGAACAUACUUCAACUCUGGAUUGUCGCAGUAUACUGAGCAGAGCGAUGCGUCUCUCCACUACACCGAGGGCGUACAUUUCCCCGCCCAGUGGGAUCCGCGAUACACCCUCUAUCAAGGCGUCACUGCCAAUCCAGACCGUCGGGAAAACUUCCAGGUCCAUAAGGAUGGUCCAAGAGUACCUGCCAUUGAGCUCCCGAAGGGUUCGGAUGAUUAUUAUGUGAACUAUAAAGAUGCUGUUUCUGGUUUCGUUACCAAUGGAACUUUGCCUGUGGCCGAUGGUCAGGGCGUUCAUUCCUUGACUGACGUGCCAGUCUUCGCGAUGGGACCGUGCCAGGAGAAAUUUGGAGGCGUCUAUAAUUCCGUUGAUAUCUUCUUCCGCAUGGCUGAAUGUCUUGGUCUAGGGCGACCAAGACGCUAUGGCCAAUGAAUUGACCCGCUCUUUCCGUC